CAAAAAUGGAGAGGUAACAGGGUAUAGACAAGUGAAGGAAAAGAGAAAAACCUUAAUUUAAUUACGGAAAGUAAGAGGCUGAGCCUGGUCCCAACCAAAUGCCUAAAACCUAAACCAAAAGCAAAAGGCUAAAGAAGGCAAACAACACAACUCGUUUUUAUCCUUAUAUAUCAGUUUGGGACAAAAGGUAGAAGAAAUGAACGGUGAUGAUGCUCACAGUAUGAUGGAAUCCCAGUACAUACAGAGACAUCACAGGCACAACAUCAGAGACGACCAGUGCACCUCUGCUCUUGUUAAACACAUCAAAGCUCCUGUUCAUCUCGUAUGGUCAUUGGUAAGGCGAUUUGACCAGCCUCAAAAGUACAAGCCCUUCGUCAGCAGGUGUAUAAUGAAAGGGGACCUCGGGAUCGGCAGUGUUAGAGAGGUCAACGUCAAGUCCGGACUUCCGGCCACCACCAGCACCGAACGGUUGGUACUUCUCGAUGACGAAGAACACAUUUUAGGCAUCAAAAUCGUCGGCGGCGACCACCGUCUCAGGAAUUAUUCUUCGAUCAUGACGGUGCAUCCCGAGGUAAUUGAAGGAAGGCCAGGUACAAUGGUGAUCGAAUCGUUCGUCGUGGAUGUGCCGGAAGGGAACACCACGGACGAAACUUGUUACUUCGUGGAAGCUUUGAUCCGAUGUAACCUGAAAUCGUUAGCCGAUGUUUCAGAGAGGAUGGCUGUGAUGGAUCAGACACAGCCUAUCAACCGAUACUAACUGAAAAAGGUGGAAUUGUGAUGACCAAAAAGAAAAAGACAAUCUUUGGAGUUUGUGAUAUAUGAUCAUCUUUCACUUUGUUAUGGAACACUCUUUUAACACCUUUUGGUUCUUAGUUUAAAUGCUUGUGUAAGUAGUUUAUCUAUGAGAUAUCCGAAUUCAUUACAAGCCUCCAAAACUACGGUCUUAUUUGUAAAUAUUUAAUAUUAAGAAGAGAUGGGAGAAUUUUAAUUCCAUUUCCCAUAUUUGAAGCA